AUGAUGUUGUCUCUUGCACGCCUGUGGACUGUUGGUACAGCUGCAACGCUGGCCGUUGCUGCACCGGUUAACCUGUUCACCAAUCGAGCUGUUGAUGAUUCCACGUACAACUCUCUAUAUUUAUUUGCCCAGUACUCUGCGGCUGCAUACUGCUCGACCAAUAUCGAUGCCGCCAGCACGGGAACCUCGAUUAGUUGCUCGGCCGGUAACUGUCCUGAGGUACAGUCGGCGACGACCAAGACCUUGUACGAAUUUGACCAAACAAAUGACUUUGGGGAUACUGCUGGAUUUCUUGCCGUGGAUGAGACGAAUAAACUAAUUGUGCUGUCCUUCCGAGGGAGCUCAGAUAUCAGCAACUGGUUUGCCAAUCUGGACUUCGUCUUCGACGAUGACAGCGGGCUCUGCGAUGGAUGCAAUGUGCACAGUGGCUUCUGGAAGGCCUGGUUGACUGUUUCGGAUGAAGUCACAUCCAAGCUCGAAUCUGCACAGAGCACAUACUCGGGGUAUCAGCUCGUGGUAACGGGCCACAGUCUGGGUGGUGCACUUGCUGCUUUGGCAGGAACGGCACUUCGUAAUUCUGGGUAUUCACUGGACUUGUACACCUAUGGUCAACCGCGAGUGGGCAACGAUGCCUUGGCUCAAUACAUGACCAGUCAAGGUAGUCUCUGGCGGACCACUCAUACAGAUGACAUCGUUCCCCGUGUUCCUCCGGAAAUUCUUGGCUUUGCUCAUGCUAGUCCGGAGUAUUGGAUCACCAGCGGCGAUGGUGUGACCGUGACUGAUUCUGAUAUUGAUGAAAUCGUAGGUGUGAACUCAGAUAGUGGAAAUGCUGGAGAAUCAGAAGAGAGUAUAUCGGCGCAUUUGUGCUUCACCCUUACCACCUCCCACUAUGCGCAUCUGAGAUGCUUGAACCUCAACGCAACCAUGUUGUUCGCCCCUAGCGGACCCCAGAGUCCGCGCCGUCGCAAUCGCAUUAAAGCCAUCUUCACCACCAUCGGCAUCGUCCUCGCAUUAUACUUCCUCUUCUUCGCCGGCCCCGAGUCGCCCACCAAAUCCGUCAACAAUGACCGACCGAGCUAUGCGCAACGUCCCACCCCCAAGCCAAAACCCGACCCCAUAGACGAGCAGGCUCGUCCCGCAAUUCGAAAACGUAAGGAUAUGGUUGUGGCCAGUAUGAAGAAUGACGACACGGCCUGGCUGGCCGAGUUCUUCCCGGACUGGUCACGAAGUAUCUACGUGGUAGACGAUAAGAAAGCCCCGUUAACAGUGGCCAAGAACAAGGGGCGAGAGUCGAUGGUAUAUUUGACGUACAUCAUCGACAACUACGAGAACCUUCCUGACAUCAUGCUAUUCAUACACUCAUUGCGCUACCAAUGGCAUAACGAUGAUCCAUACUACGAUGGAGUUCCAAUGCUCCGCAAUUUCCAGAUCCCCUAUCUGCAAAAAAUGGGAUAUGUCAAUCUGCGCUGCGUCUGGACACUUGGUUGUCCUGAGGAAAUCCACCCUCUUACAGAUACACACCGCGAUGAUGUCCAUGCGGGUGAAUACUUCCGGACGGGAUUUAUGGAACUAUUCCCUGGGGAGCCUAUUCCGCACGAGGUGGGCGUAUCGUGCUGUGCACAGUUCGGUGUUACCCGCGAUACAGUCCUCGCGAGGCCAAAGAGCGAUUAUGAGCGGUACCGGGUCUGGCUCGCGAAUACGAGUCUAGGAGAUGAUUUGAGUGGUCGCAUCAUGGAGUACUCGUGGCACAUGAUCUUUGGCCGGCCACCUGUUCAUUGCCCUGCAGCUGGGGAUUGUUAUUGUAAUGUCUUUGGGCUGUGCUACCUGAAUUGUCCUAACGAUGCUGUAUGCGACAACCGCUACGUACUACCGCCAUUUUCUUCACUACCAAAGGGUUGGCCUUUCCUUGGAUGGAAGGGCCAGGAACAAGAUCCGACUUACGGACUUCCUGAGUCAUGA